AUGGCAAAAGAAUCGCUGACGUUCAGCGAUGUGGCUGUGACGUUCACCAGGGAGGAGUGGCAGCUCCUGGACCCUGCUCAGAAGGCCCUAUGCCAGGACGUGAUGUUGGAGAACUAUAGCAACCUGGUUUCCAUUGGGUAUCAAGUUAGCAAACCAGAUGCACCUUCCAGGCUGGAACGAGGAGAACCGCCCUGGACUGUAUUAGACAACAGCCACAAUGGCAUCUUCUCAGGAGAGAGACGCUACAUAUGCAGUGAAUGUGGGAAAGGCUUCAACCAUAAGGGAAGCCUCAUUAUUCAUCAGCGAACUCACACUGGAGAGAAACCCUAUAUAUGUGGUGAAUGUGGGAAGGGCUUCAACCAUAAAGGAAAUCUCACCAUUCAUCAGCGAACUCACACUGGAGAGAAACCCUAUCUAUGCAAGGAAUGUGGAAAACGCUUCAAAGAUAAGCGAAGUCUCAUUGUUCAUCAGCGCACUCAUACUGGAGAGAAACCCUUUGUAUGUAAAGAAUGUGGAAAAAGUUUCAAAGAUAAGAGAAGUCUCAUUGUUCAUCAGCGAACUCAUACUGGAGAAAAACCCUAUGUGUGCAGUGAAUGUGGGAAAGGCUUCAACCAGAAGUCAUGCCUCAUAGCACAUCAGAGAUUUCACACAGGAAGGAGCCCCUUUUCAUGCAGUGAAUGUGGGAAAUCUUAUUCUCAGAAGUCAAGUCUCAAUACACAUCGGAAAAUUCACACAGGGGAGAAACCCUUUCAGUGCAGUGAAUGUGAGAAAGCCUUUGAAACAAAGCGAGAGCUCAUUGUACAUCAAAGAUCUCAUAAAGGAGAGACACCGUACAGCUGCAAUGAGUGUGGAAAAACUUUUACCUCCUCUUCUAAUUUUAAUUCACAUCAAAGAAGACAUGAAGACUUGGCACCACAGGGCGCAGACAUAUUACCUCAUCAGCCAGGCGGAAAGGCCUCAGACCGCGCUCCUGGAAAACUUACAGACCCUCGGCGGCCUCCGUAA